UUAACUUUGUAUCUAAUUUCAGGUUUACCUAGUUUUCAUGCUACAACUGUUUUUCUUUCAGAAUCAACAAACUGCCGGGCAUAUUCUGCACUUGAGAACAAAAAGUAAAACGCCAUCAUGGGGGAUGGAGAAAUGGAGUGUUUUGGCCCAGCGGCCAUAUACCUCCGCAAGCCAGAUAAGGAGAGGAUUGAGGCUCAGAACAAACCAUUUGAUGCUAAAACAGCCUUCUUCGUUGCUGAGCCAGCUGAGAUGUACCUGAAGGGUACACUGAAGAGUAAAGAGGGUGGUAAAGCCACUGUCGAAACUCUGUGUGGAAAGACCCUCACAGUCAAGGAGGAUGAGAUCUAUCCCAUGAAUCCUCCCAAAUUCGACAAAAUUGAGGACAUGGCCAUGAUGACCCACCUCAACGAGCCCUGUGUGCUGUAUAACCUCAAAGAGCGUUACGCAGCCUGGAUGAUCUACACCUACUCAGGGUUGUUCUGCGUCACUGUGAACCCCUACAAGUGGCUCCCAGUAUACGAUGCAGUCGUUGUAACUGGAUACAGAGGCAAGAAGAGAAUUGAAGCCCCACCCCACAUCUUCUCCAUCUCUGAUAACGCUUAUCAGUUUAUGCUCACAGAUCGUGAGAACCAGUCUGUCCUGAUUACUGGAGAAUCCGGUGCAGGAAAAACUGUGAACACCAAACGUGUCAUCCAGUACUUUGCAACAAUUGCAGUGAGUGGGAAGAAGCAAGCAGAGCCAGUACCUGGUAAAAUGCAGGGUUCACUGGAGGACCAAAUCAUUGCAGCCAACCCCCUUCUAGAGGCUUAUGGUAAUGCCAAGACCAUCAGGAAUGACAACUCCUCUCGUUUUGGUAAAUUCAUCAGAAUUCAUUUUGGACAAACAGGCAAACUGGCCUCAGCUGAUAUUGAAACUUAUCUGCUGGAAAAGUCAAGAGUCACUUUCCAGCUGUCUGCUGAGAGGAGCUACCACAUCUUCUACCAGCUCAUGACUGGACACAAACCAGAGCUGCUUGAGGCACUGCUCAUCACCACCAACCCCUAUGACUAUCAUAUGAUCAGCCAGGGUGAAAUCACAGUCAAGAGUAUCAAUGAUGUGGAGGAGUUCAUCGCCACAGAUACUGCUAUUGACAUCCUGGGCUUCACAGCUGAUGAGAAAAUCAACAUCUACAAACUGACUGGUGCUGUGAUGCAUCACGGCAACAUGAAGUUCAAGCAGAAGCAGAGAGAGGAGCAGGCUGAGCCUGAUGGCACUGAGGUGGCUGAUAAAAUCGCCUACCUCUUGGGCCUGAACUCCGCUGACAUGCUGAAAUGUCUAUGCUACCCCAGAGUGAAGGUCGGAAAUGAGUUUGUGACCAAAGGCCAAACUGUUCCUCAGGUGAACAAUUCCGUCAUGGCGCUCUGCAAGUCUAUCUAUGAGAAAAUGUUCUUGUGGAUGGUCGUGCGCAUCAAUGAGAUGUUAGACACAAAACAGCCAAGGCAGUUCUUUAUUGGUGUGCUGGACAUCGCUGGAUUUGAAAUCUUUGAUUUCAACAGCUUGGAGCAGCUCUGCAUUAACUUCACAAAUGAGAAACUGCAACAGUUCUUCAACCACCACAUGUUUGUACUGGAACAAGAGGAGUACAAGAAAGAAGGAAUUGAAUGGGAGUUCAUUGACUUUGGCAUGGACUUGGCUGCCUGCAUUGAGCUUAUUGAGAAGCCAAUGGGCAUCUUCUCCAUCCUGGAGGAGGAGUGCAUGUUCCCCAAGGCAACAGACACAUCCUUCAAGAACAAGCUGUAUGAUCAGCAUCUUGGCAAAUGUAACGCUUUCCAGAAGCCCAAGCCUGCCAAGGGUAAAGCAGAAGCCCACUUCUCUCUGGUGCACUACGCCGGCACUGUGGACUACAACAUUUCAGGCUGGUUGGACAAGAACAAGGACCCUCUGAAUGACUCUGUUGUGCAGCUGUACCAGAAGUCAGCAAACAAACUGCUGUCUCUGCUGUAUGCAAGCCAUGCAGGUGCUGAUGAUGCUGGUGGCAAAGGUGGGGGUGGUAAGAAAGGUGGCAAGAAAAAGGGAGGUUCCUUCCAAACGGUAUCUGCUUUGUUCAGGGAGAACUUGGGAAAACUGAUGACCAACUUGAGGAGCACUCACCCUCACUUUGUGCGCUGUUUGAUUCCCAAUGAGUCCAAGACUCCAGGUCUGAUGGAGAACUUCUUGGUUAUCCACCAGCUGAGGUGUAAUGGUGUGCUAGAGGGUAUCAGAAUCUGCAGGAAGGGAUUCCCCAGCAGAAUCCUCUAUGGUGACUUCAAACAAAGAUACAAAGUAUUGAAUGCCAGUGUCAUCCCAGAAGGACAGUUCAUUGACAACAAGAAAGCCUCAGAGAAACUCUUGGGCUCCAUUGAUGUGGACCACACACAGUACAAGUUUGGGCACACCAAAGUGUUCUUCAAAGCUGGACUGCUGGGUACACUUGAGGAGAUGCGAGAUGAAAAGCUGGCAUCCCUGGUGACAAUGACUCAAGCUCUGUGCCGUGGCUACCUCAUGAGGAGAGAGUUUGUCAAGAUGAUGGAGAGGAGAGAGUCUAUCUACAGCAUCCAAUACAACAUUCGCUCAUUCAUGAAUGUGAAACACUGGCCAUGGAUGAAGCUGUACUUCAAGAUCAAACCUCUGCUGAAGAGUGCAGAGACUGAGAAAGAAAUGGCUGCUAUGAAGGAGAACUUUGAUAAAAUGAAGGAGGAUCUGGCAAAAGCACUGGCCAAGAAGAAAGAGCUUGAGGAGAAGAUGGUGUCACUCCUUCAGGAGAAAAAUGACCUGCAACUGCAAGUGUCAUCUGAAUCUGAGAACCUCUCUGAUGCUGAGGAAAGAUGUGAGGGACUCAUUAAGAGCAAGAUCCAGCUUGAGGCCAAACUCAAAGAGACAACCGAGAGACUGGAGGAUGAGGAGGAAAUCAAUGCUGAGCUGACCGCCAAGAAGAGGAAACUGGAGGAUGAGUGCUCUGAGCUGAAGAAGGAUAUUGAUGAUCUGGAGCUCACCUUGGCUAAAGUGGAGAAGGAGAAACAUGCCACUGAGAACAAGGUGAAGAACCUGACUGAGGAAAUGGCCUCUCAGGAUGAGAGCAUUGCCAAACUCACCAAGGAGAAGAAAUCACUACAAGAGGCACACCAGCAGACUCUUGAUGAUCUCCAGGCAGAGGAAGACAAAGUCAACACUCUGACCAAAGCCAAGACAAAGCUUGAACAACAAGUGGAUGAUCUUGAAGGUUCACUGGAGCAAGAGAAGAAACUCCGCAUGGACCUGGAGAGAGCUAAGAGGAAGCUUGAGGGUGACUUGAAAUUGGCCCAGGAGUCCAUAAUGGACCUGGAGAAUGACAAGCAGCAGUCAGAUGAGAAGAUCAAGAAGAAAGACUUUGAAGUCAGUCAGCUCCUAAGUAAGAUUGAAGAUGAACAGUCUUUAGGUGCUCAGCUUCAGAAGAAGAUUAAAGAACUCCAGGCUCGUAUUGAGGAGCUGGAAGAGGAAAUUGAGGCAGAGCGUGCAGCUCGAGCUAAAGUUGAGAAGCAGAGAGCUGAUCUCUCCAGGGAACUUGAAGAGAUCAGUGAGAGGCUGGAGGAGGCUGGUGGUGCCACUGCUGCUCAGAUUGAGAUGAAUAAGAAGCGUGAGGCUGAGUUUCAGAAGCUGCGUCGUGAUUUAGAAGAAUCUACUCUGCAGCAUGAAGCUACAGCUGCUGCUCUCCGCAAGAAACAAGCUGACAGUGUUGCUGAGCUUGGAGAGCAGAUUGAUAACCUUCAGAGGGUCAAACAGAAGCUGGAGAAAGAGAAGAGUGAAUAUAAGAUGGAGAUAGAUGACCUGUCUAGUAACAUGGAGGCUGUGGCUAAAGCAAAGGCAAAUCUAGAGAAGUUGUGCCGUACGCUUGAGGACCAGCUGAGUGAACUCAAAGCUAAAAGUGAUGAACAUGUCCGUCAACUGAACGACAUGAGUGCACAAAGAGCACGACUUCAGACAGAGAAUGGUGAAUUUGGCCGCCAACUGGAAGAGAAGGAGGCACUUGUUUCUCAACUGACCAGAGGAAAACAAGCCUAUACACAGCAGAUUGAGGAACUCAAGAGACAAAUUGAAGAGGAAGUCAAGGCAAAGAACGCCCUGGCUCAUGGUGUACAGUCAGCCCGUCAUGACUGUGACCUGCUCAGAGAGCAGUUUGAAGAGGAGCAGGAGGCCAAAGGAGAGCUUCAGCGUGGAAUGUCUAAGGCUAACAGUGAGGUGGCUCAGUGGAGAGCCAAAUACGAGACAGAUGCUAUUCAGCGCACUGAGGAGCUUGAGGAGUCCAAGAAAAAGCUUGCCCAGCGUCUACAGGAUGCUGAGGAAUCUAUUGAAGCUGUGAACUCCAAGUGUGCCUCUCUGGAGAAGACCAAACAGAGGCUGCAGGGUGAAGUAGAGGACCUCAUGAUUGAUGUUGAGAGAGCCAAUGCAUUAGCUGCCAACCUUGACAAAAAGCAAAGGAACUUUGACAAGGUGUUGGCAGAAUGGAAGCAGAAGUAUGAGGAAGGUCAGGCUGAACUGGAAGGAGCUCAGAAAGAGGCUCGCUCUCUCAGCACUGAACUCUUUAAGAUGAAGAACUCAUAUGAAGAAGCUCUUGAUCAGCUCGAGACACUCAAGAGAGAGAACAAGAAUCUUCAACAGGAGAUAUCUGAUCUGACUGAACAGAUCGGUGAGACUGGAAAGACCAUUCAUGAGCUGGAGAAAGCAAAGAAGACAGUGGAGACUGAGAAAUCAGAAAUCCAGACUGCUCUUGAGGAAGCUGAGGGCACACUUGAACAUGAGGAAUCCAAGAUUCUUCGUAUUCAGCUUGAACUCAACCAAGUAAAGGGUGAGAUUGACAGGAAGCUGGCUGAGAAGGACGAGGAGAUGGAGCAGAUCAAGAGGAACAGCCAGAGGGUGAUUGAGUCCAUGCAGAGCACUCUGGACUCUGAGGUCAGGAGCAGAAAUGACGCCCUUAGAGUUAAGAAGAAAAUGGAGGGAGAUCUCAAUGAGAUGGAGAUUCAGCUGAGCCAUGCAAACCGCCAGGCUGCUGAAUCCCAGAAACAGCUUAGGAACGUCCAAGGACAGCUCAAGGACGCCCAACUGCACCUUGAUGAGGCUGUCAGAGGACAGGAAGACAUGAAGGAGCAGGUAGCCAUGGUGGAGCGCAGGAAUAACCUGAUGCUGGCUGAGAUUGAGGAGCUGAGAUCUGCACUGGAGCAGACAGAGAGAGGCCGCAAAGUGGCUGAACAGGAGCUGGUGGAUGCCAGUGAGCGUGUGGCACUGCUGCACUCUCAGAACACCAGUCUAAUCAACACCAAGAAGAAGCUUGAGGCUGAUCUGGUGCAGGUCCAAGGUGAAGUGGAUGAUACAAUUCAGGAGGCCAGAAAUGCUGAAGAGAAGGCCAAGAAGGCUAUUACUGACGCUGCUAUGAUGGCAGAGGAGCUGAAAAAAGAACAGGACACCAGUGCUCACCUGGAGAGAAUGAAGAAGAACCUUGAGGUUACAGUCAAAGAUCUGCAGCAUCGUCUGGAUGAGGCUGAGAAUCUUGCCAUGAAAGGUGGAAAGAAGCAGCUUCAGAAACUUGAGUCUCGGGUGCGUGAGCUGGAGACUGAGGUUGAAGCUGAGCAGAGACGUGGUGCUGAUGCUGUUAAAGGAGUUCGCAAAUAUGAAAGGAGAGUGAAAGAACUCACCUACCAGACUGAGGAAGACAAGAAGAAUGUGACUAGACUGCAGGAUCUGGUGGACAAACUUCAGCUCAAAGUGAAGGCCUACAAGAGACAGGCUGAGGAAGCUGAGGAGCAGGCCAACACUCACCUGUCCAGGUACAGGAAGGUGCAGCAUGAGAUGGAGGAAGCUCAGGAGCGUGCUGACAUCGCUGAGUCCCAGGUCAACAAGCUGAGAGCCAAGAGCCGUGAUGCUGGAAAGGGCAAGGAAUCAGCAGAAUAAACAAUGAAGAUCAUACUGGACACUAACAAGGAAUUAUACAAUAUAUAUUUCUGUUUAAUGUCCAUGGAUAAUUUCAAUUCAAUAAAACUGCAUCAAACUGAA